UCAAACUUACGGAUAUGUCAUAAUUUCUUGAAAUCGUAGAAAAAACUCUGUUUUGGUGAUAAAACAAAGCAGUUAUUGUUAUUGACUCAUGUGGGCGAUGAUAUAUAAAAAUUUAUUAUAUGUUUGGCUAUAUAGACACUUAUAAAAACAAUGAAUCCGUAUAAAGACGUCGAAGAGAGUUCUUUUAAUUCUUCACCACAUCUUGCAUAUGAAGAUAUAGCAACUAAAUUACUGAAAGACCAUUACUUUCUAACAGCGUUAGAGCUUCAUACAGAGUUGGUUGAGAGCGGUAAAGAGCUUCCGCAGCUAAGAGAAUUCUUUUCAAAUCCAGGCAACUUUGAACAACAUGUAUCUAGACCAUCUGAUAUUGGGUCUAUGCAUCGAACACCUAGCCAAGCCACUUUAGAUUCACUGGAUACAGCCAGAUAUUCCGAAGAUGGGGGUGGUGAUAGAGGAGGCAGUGGAGGAGAUGUAGCUGUGCUGGAAUUUGAACUACGGAAGGCUAGAGAGACUAUUAAUGCCUUACGGGCUAAUCUUACACAGUUUGCAGAUGGUGAAUCUGCAUUGGAUAAGAUCACUCAAGAUAAUUUUGAUAAGAGAUCAUUGAAGCCACAUGAAAAACGAGCAUUAAAUUUCCUUAUCAAUGAAUAUCUAUUGCUUCAAAAUUAUAAGCUCACUUCAAUAACAUUUUCAGAUGAAAACCCUGAUCAGGAAUUUGAAGAUUGGGAUGAUGUUGGUCUCAACAUGCCUCGACCUGCUGGUCUGAUCUCAUUGUUUAGAGGCAAUAAAAGGGCAUUGAGCACUUCAACAAUUCAUGUUGACACACAAACUAACAUACAAACUGUUGACAUGCUAUGUCAAACUGACGGUGAGGAGGAAAAUGUAUGUGUUAGCUGUCAGACUUCAUUAGAUAAUGACGCAGAUUGGAACCAUGAGAUAUUAAUACAAGCUGAAGAAAUAGAAUUAUUAAAACAAAAGCUAAUAGCAUUAGAGACGGAAAAAUUGAACUUUCAAAAGUUAUAUGAUGCUGCAAUUGUGAGUUUAAAUUCUCUAACAAGUCCUACAUCAGAGAGUAAAGGUCUCGAUCUACAAAUACCUGCAGAUAAAUUGUUAACGUCAGACCAAACAAUACAGCAAUCUUUAGAUGCGAGACCCAUAACUUGUACCGCAACUGAAAAUCAUUAUGGCAGUGGAAAUUCAACAAAUAGUGCAACACCGGACCAGUUUGAAAUGAUUGAUAGUGAGAAAAAUUGUGGAAUUAAGAAGGAAGGAUCUAACACGAGCUCGUUCGAGCCGGCGGUAUGCGGGUCCCCGCGGCGCGCCAGCGUCACCACGCUCGACGACACGCUCAGCAUCAACGACAACGGCGACUGGACGCGUCUCCACUACGAAUACAACAUCGAGAAUAACACUAAGGAAAUGUGGAUAGACAGUGGGAUACCAACUGGUGUUAAGGAGCCAAUCCUAAAUUGGUGUGCUGAAGCAUUGAAUCUUAAUGAGCCUUUGACCAAUGACCUGCUGGCAGAGCUGGUGAACAGCGACAAACCUAUCACAUUACCUGGACUUUUGUCAUUAGUGGCUGAUACACUGCCUAGGAUAAUGCCGCACACGCUGGUGUCGCGGCGCUGCGAGGCGGCGGCGCUGCUGGCGGGCGGCGCGCAGCUGGCGGGCGGGGCGCGGCGCGCGCGCCUGCUGCACGCGCUGCUCACGCUGCUCAAGAGACCGGAGCCCGCGGACGCCAGGGUCAUAUGCGAGGCUGUCUGCCUUGUAGUGAAAUGUGUGGUCGCUGAUCAUAAAUAUAACCAAUUGGAGAAUCUCAUGUUCAGCUUUUUGAAAGAUCCAGUGGAAAAGAACGUUAAAGACACGAUAAAUGUGUUCGUACCGAUGUUAGCGAGGAGUGCUUUGAUGGCUGGAAAAUUCUCAUCAGAUUUAUGCAACCGUGUUAUGUCGAAUUUAAUAAAAUCCAGUACUGAUAAUGAAUGGAAGAGUUUAUCAUUAAAUUUAGAAGUGAUUAAGAAUCUAAUAUUAGCGAAGUUAGCUUACGUGAUAGAUGUACAAAUAGUUAGGGAUGUUAACUUAAGUAACUGUGAUAUAAAAACAAUUAAUUUGCAAGACGUGUCGUUGUGCAAUGAAAACUUUAUCGAUGUACAGUGUUAUAUUAAUGAUGGUGACGCAAAGAUUUUAUUGUUAUCUAUGAAUAGUUUAGUUAAGGACCCUUCGGUUAGAUGGAUGGAGCUUAAUUGGUUUAUUGACUGGAUAAGAAAAAUGUUAGAAAUCGUAGGCAGCUGUAAGGCAUCAAACCAUCCAAUGGUGUACGAGCUUCUAAUUACACUAUUUAAUAGUUACAUAAAUAAUUUUGGAUAUCAUUUCGCUUGCAACAUAUUGAAGCCAUUAUUUAUUGAAAUUAUAAGUGACUUGGAGCAGAGAAUGGAGAAAUUGGAUACAGUUAGUUUGGAGAGUACUGUUGUUAUGGGUAUAUAUUUGGCUUCAGUUUUAAUAGCGGUAGAAGAAGGCCCAUCACAGGCGGAGUUUUUACAAAAAUGGAUUGUGUACAGCAGUAUACGAGGGCUUCCUCCUAAAAUAUUUUCAAUGCCAUUAAAGUGGCUGGCAACACAUAGACCUGAAGUACUCAGCUUCUUCUGGCAACAUUUACGAGAAUUCAGUGGCAGCAGUUGCGGGGCGGGCAUCCGCGCGUACAUCGGCGCCCUGCUCGCGGAGAUGCUGAACGUGGCGCACGUGAGGGAAGACUGCAUAGAGCGCCAGCUGCUGCCGGCUGUCGUCGCGCUGCUCUACGAUGAAGACGUGUGAGUUUACCUAACUAGCUCGGACUACGCCCGCGUCAAAUUAAAAAAAUAGCCC